GGGCCGACCCUCGCUGCAGAGGAUUCCUGCAGAGGAGCCCGAGACAGCACGUGGAUCUCCCACAGCCUUUGCCCACCGGUACCAUGAAGGUCUCUGCGGCUGCCCUUGCUGUCGUCCUCACGGCUGCCACCCUGUGUGCGCCUGCAUCUGCCUCCCCAUAUGCCUCGGACACCACACCCUGCUGCUUUGCCUACAUCUCCCGCCCCCUGCCCCGCAGCCACCUCAAGGAGUAUUUCUACACCAGUGGCAAGUGCUCCAACCCAGCAGUCGUCUUUAUCACCCGAAAGAACCGCCAGGUGUGUGCCAACCCAGAGAAGAAAUGGGUUCGAGAGUACAUCAACUCUUUGGAGAUGAGCUAGGAUGAAGGGUACCUUGAACACGACCUUCCACAAACUCCCCUGUUGCUGCUUGCUCCUGUCCUAACCAGCCUGGGAGGCUUCCUCCCAACCCCCUGCCUCCAGCCCCUCCUUGGAGGGCACAGAUUCCACCACACGGCAGCACUAAUAAAAGCCUCCACCACCUAAAGCCUGGACAAGCUACUGAGGCUCUGCCUUGUCAAAAGGAGGUCUCUAGGCUCUGAGCUUCAGGCUCCUUGGCUUGGCCAUGGCUCUCCGACCAGGAAGGAAGUCAGUGUGCCUCCAGAGGCAGAGAAGGAAGGAAGACUGAGCUCCUGAGCUCCCAUCUCAGCUCCCUCACAAGGGCUGACAGGCAAAUAUGAAAGAUCAGCUUUCCAUUAAAAUUCUCAUUGCAGUUACAAA